AUGUGGGACAACCUUGUCUUCACCAGCAUCCCAGAACGGGCAGAGGAGGACUCUGAAUCCACUAUCUGGGAAUUUCUCCAAAGUCAGCUAAAACUCCCAAGUGACGAGUUUAAAAACAUCACUUUCCAUCGUGUUAACUGGCUCGGAGGUAAGAAGCCCGACAACAACCGGCCUCGGCCAUUUGUAGUGAAAUUCAGGCACUACAAGCAGAAAGAGCAGGUCAGGAGUCGGGGCAGAGAGCUACGGGGAACGAACUUCAGCGUCAUUGACUUGUUUCCAAAGGAGAUCCUCGAUUGGAGGAGACUGCUCAUCAUCUUCUAUCAUUUAACAGUUGAAGCAAAAAAUAAGAUCAUAGCUAAAAAUCAUUUAAAAAUAGUAAAAGCCACCUGCUGGACUGAAGGUGUAGUGCAGUUUUAUUUAAAGUCUAAAGUGUUUUGUUUCAUUUUGUCUCUCAGACUUAGAUCCUGUAACCUCUCAGGGAGAACUUGUGAAGUUCUGUCAUCAGUUCUUAGCUCCCAGUCCUGCUGUCUGAGAGAAGUUGACCUCCAGAACAACAACCUACAAGAUUCAGGGGAGAAGUUGCCGUCUGGUUCAGACUGUACACUGGAAAUAUUCAGGAAGCCUGAUGGAGUCCGAUGGUUGAAACCAGGUCUGAGGAAGUAUUCCUGUCAGCUCACAAUCGACACAAACACAGUGAACAGAAAACUCCAACUGUCUGAAGACAACAGGAAGGUGACACGGAUGGAGGAGGAGCUUCAGUCAUAUCCUGAUCAUCCAGACAGAUUUGAUGACUGGUCUCAGCUGCUGUGUAGUGAUGGUCUGACUGGUCGCUGUUACUGGGAGGUCGAGUGGAGAGGAAGAGUUUUUAUAUCAGUGAGUUACAGAAGAAUCAGGAGGAAAGGAGACAUUUAUGACUGUUUGUUUGGAUUAAAUGAUCAGUCCUGGAGUCUGAGCUGCUCUGAUUGUGGUUUCUAUGUCUGUCACAAUAAGAACAAAACAUCAGUCUCUUCCUCUGUCUCUAACAGAGUAGCAGUGUAUGUGGACUGUCCUGCUGGCAUUCUGUCCUUCUACAGAGUCUCCUCUGACUCACUGAUCCACCUCCACACCUUCAACACCACAUUCACUGAACCUCUUUAUCCUGGAUUCAGGUUCUAUUCUGGUUCCUCAGUGUUUCUGUGUUGAGUC